AUGAAUAAAAAACCUUUACUUCCAAGACAAACUAAACCAACUUCCUCAUCUCCACCUUCAAAUUCUGGGAACACUUUACUAGAUCGUAUAAAGAGUUUAAAUUAGAGACAAUCAGACUAAGUAAAAUAAUUAACACAUACUUCAUCUUUUACAACUGAUCGUGUAAAAAAUAGAACAAGAGCUAAUUAUUCUGAAUACUUUGAUUCAAGGAAAUUGCCAUUUAAUUCAACAUUGUAACCUUCUAGAUCAAGCUCUUGUAAGAAAAAGAGGCACUUCUAUGAUGAAAAAGUAGAAAGUGAUGGCAAAAUAUCAUAAUUAGAAGAUUAAAAUCAUUAAAUAAAUGAUUUCAUAGCAAAUAUUCCAUUAUGUAAAUUAAGUAAAGAUGAACAAAUAGAAAAAUUAGAAUUAGAAAAAUAGAAUUUACAUAAAUUAACAUCAGGUUAUUAGAAAAAAGCUGAGGAAAGAAAAACUAUAAUGAAAUAAUUAUAUAGUAUUUUGAAGACAAAAGAUUAAGAAAUAGAAUACUUGAGAAAGAAUUAUGAGAAUUAAAUUCUAAUUUAAUAACAAAAAUUGGAAUAAUUUAAACAUGAGUGUCAUUAAUAAUUAGAUAAGGCUGAUGGUCGAAUAAUAAAGUUAGAAGGAAAUCUAUAAUGUGCAUUAUAAUAUAAAUAAAAAAGAUUAAAUGAUUUAUUGGUUAAAGAAGAAAAAAUGAGAGAUAUAUUAUCUAAAUUAAUUAAAAAGUAAGAAAGUAAAGAAAAGAUAGAUGAAGUAAAGAAUAUUUUAGCAUUUAUUGCAAGAGAAAAAUCUAGAUUUGAAACCCCAAAAAAAUAGAAUUCAUAACAUGAGUAAAUAGAUAAUAUAUAGAAUGAACAUUAAAAAUUAGUAUCUUUACAUGAAAAUGUAAUGUUGUAAAUAGAAAAACUUAACUAUUAAGUAUCAUAAUGUUUAUAAACAUCUUAAUAUGGUUAAAAAGAUACAAUUAAAGAACUUUCAUAAAAUCUUAAAGAAAUGAUUAAUUAAUUUUCUUUAUCUAAAAAUAAUUUAAAGGAUAAGGAUUAAAAAAUUAUUUAAUUGUAAAAUGAUUUAAUGAAAUUUAAAAAGCUUUCUGAAAAUAAAAAAGAUAAUGAUACUUAAAAAUAUAUAUAAGUGAUUAAUGAAUUAAAAUUGGAAUAAAGUAAUUUAGAAAAAAAAUAUUAGUAAUUAAUUAUAUAAGAAAAAUUUGGAGAAGAAAAUAAUUAAGAAUUAUAAAAUCUUAAUGAUUAAUUAAAUGUUUAAAUAAUCAAAUAAUAAUCUUAAAUACAAUUAUUACAUAAAUAAAUUGAUGAUUAAAAUAAAGUUAUGAUGACAAAUGAAAAAAUAAUUUAAUAAUAUUAACAAAAAGAAAAAUAAUUGUAUGAAGAAUUAGAUAAUUAAAAAGAAUAAUAAGAAGAAAUAAAUUAAUUAAAAAUUUCAUUAAUUUCAUUAAAUAAUCAAAAAGAUCAUCUUUUAGAAAAUAUUGAAUAGUUAUAAAAUGAAAUAAUAUUAAAAAAUGAUGUAAUCAAUUAGGCUGAAAAUUAAAUUAAUUAAUAAAUUAGAUAAUUAAAUAAAGGAUAAUAAGACUUAAUUAAAUAUGAAAAUUAUAAUGAAGAAUUAUAACAGAGAAAUAAAGUCUUGUAAGAAAAAAUUAAAAAAAUAGAAGAUAAUAAUUUAUAAUAAAUAUUACAAAAUAAAUUAUAAGAUAUUAACAAUAAACUUGAGUUAUUAAAAAAUGAAAAUGAAUCAUUAGUAUAACAAAUUUAAAUUUUACAAGAUGAAAAAGAUAAAUUUUUUGAUUAACUCAUACAAUUAAUCAAAUAAAAAUAAAAUAAUCUUUUAUAUAAAUCUUAAUCUCCAAAAAAUGCAAUAUCUAGAUAAAGUAGUAAGUUUGGAGAUUAAUUAUUUAUAUCUGAUGGUAAUAAUAAAUAAAUAUCAAAAUUUUAAUAAGAAUUAGAUAAAUUUGAUGAGAUCAUAUAAUCAAUAAAUUCUAAAUUGAUUUAAGUUGAAUAACAAAAGAAUGAAUUUAGAAAUUUAAAUUUAGAAUAAUAAAAAUAAAAUUCUUAAUUUUUAUUAUAAAUUUCUAAUUUAGAAUAAGAAAAUAAAAAGUAUUCUUAAAUGCUUUAAUAAUGGCACUAACAAAUGACAGGUAAUAUUUCUGUAAAUUUGGAUUAAAAUUAAGAUAUCAUCAAACUUGUUAAAUAAGAAUUAAAGAAAUUAAAAAAAUUGGAGGAUGAAUAUUCUUAAUUAAAGCAAAUACAUUCAAAUUUAAAUAAAAUUUAGGAAGAAUUAAAUUUAGAAAUAGAAGAAAAAAAUUAAUUAAUAGAACAAAAUAAAUAAUAGUUGGAAAUAGAAUAAUAAUAAUUAUAAAAUGUUAUUAAAGAAAAUUUGGAACUUAAAUAAUAGAACUAAACCUAAAAAUUAUAAGAAGUAAAUAAGUAAUUGGAAAUAUAAAUUGAAAAUUUAAAAAAUAAAGAAAAGGAAUAUCAAAUAAAAUUAGAAAAUUUGAAAACUUAGAAUGAAAACUAAGAUAAAAAAAUAAUUUAAAAUCAAAAUCUCAUAUAAUAAUUAAAUGAUAAAGAGAAUACCCAUAACCAAUAAAAUUAAUAACUUCAUAGUUAAGUAAAUGAUUAUCUUAAACAAAUUUAAGAGAAAUCAUAAGAAGUUGAAAAAUUUAAGAUGGAUUUAUUAUCUUCUGAAAAUAGAGUAAAAUAAUAAGAAUUAAUAGUUAAUGAACUUAAAAAUGAAAUUAUGCUUUAAAUAAAUGAAAACAAUAAUCAAAAAGCUCAAUAAUAAUAAAUAUUAGAAUUAUAAGAAAAUUUAUAAACUUAAAAGAAUUUAAAUUAAGAUUAAUUAGUUUUAAUUCAAAAACUUAAAGAUGAAUUAAAUGAACUAAAUCAAUAAUUAGUUUAAAAAGAUUAAUUAUUAGAUUCAUAAUCUAAUGAUAACAUCUAAUAAAACCAACUUCUAUAAUUAUAAAUUAUAUCAUAAUAAGAUUUAUUAAAGUAAUUAGAAUAAUAGCUAUUAGAAAAUGAAAUAGUUAUAAAAGAAUAACUUGAUAAGUUUAAUGAAACUAAUACAGAUUUAGAGCAAUUAAAAUUAAAUUAAAAAUAGACUGAAAUAGAGAAAGACUAAUUAUCUUAGUAAUAUGAAGAUAGUUAAAUAUAAAUUAAUGAAUUACUAUAAAAAAUUGGAUUAGGCGAAUAACAUAAUUAAAAAUUGAAAGAUUAAAUAGAAUAAUAAGAAUAGAAAUUACAAGAUAAUCUUACUGAAUUAUAAUUUAAAUAAGAAGAAAUCAAUGAAAUGGCUAUGAAAGAAUAGGCAAGCAAAUUUGAAUUAGAUUGUUUAAAAGCUAAGUGCCUUUCUUAUGAAUUAUAGAUAGAAGAUUAAGAAAAAUUAAUAUCUCAAUAAAAUAAUUAAACUUAAUAAUAAUCUGAAAUUUAAGAGUAACUUUUAGAUCUAUAAAAAAAUAAUGAAGAAUUGUAACAAAAUUUGAAUGAUAAAUAAUAAGAUUAUGAUAUAUUGCAGAAUUCUUAUUAUGAUAUUCGUGAUUAGAAAUAAAAAUUAGAAGAGGAAAUUGAAGACAAAGACUAAGAGAUAUCAAUAUUAAAUAGGGAUCUAAGAAUAUAUAAGGAAUAAAUUGAUCAAAAUAAAGCUCUUAUUAAUUAAUUAUAAGAUUAAAUAGUUUAAUUUAGAACUAGUGCAAAUGUAAAUUUUGCUGAAAACUGUAAAUUAAAUGAACAAAUUUAAAUGAUGAAAAAAGAAUUAGAGAAUUAUUAAAUUGAUUCAAAAUAAAAUUUGGAUGAAAGAAGUGAUAAAAUAAAAGAUUUAGAAUAAUAAAUAAUAGAUUUACAAAAUGAAUUAGAGAAUUAAUAAUUUUAAAUUUAAUAUAAAGAUUCUAAAAUAGAAGAAUUAAACAACCGUCUAUAAGAAACAUUAGAGAAUCUAGAUGAUGUAAAAUAAGAAUUGGAAAUAACUUCUCGAUAAUUAAAAAGUGAAUAAGUAUAAAAAGAAGAAGAACUUAAAUGUAAGUAAUAAUUAGAAAGUAUAAUAUAAUAAUCGAAAUUAGAAGUAUAAUAAUAUAUCUAAACAAUAAAUUAAUAAUAAGAAAAUUUACUAUCUUUACAUAAUAAAAUAAUUGAAUAUUGUAAUGAAAUAGAAAAUUUGAAAAAUUAAAAUUCUACAUUGCAAAUUUAAUUUGAAAAAUAAUAAAAAGAGAUUGAAGUUUUGAAUGAAAAUUUAAAUUAAUAAAAUGUAUUAUUUGAAGAUUAAAAAUAAAAUUAAGAAAAUUCAGAGUUUUAAAUAAAUUAUUAUUAAACCCAAUAUAAUGAGAUAAAAUUUGACUAUGAUUAAUUGAAUGAGAAAUUUUAGGAUUUAGAAUAAGAAAAUGAAAUAUUAAAUAGAAAUUAAUCAAAUAACUUAUAAAAAUUAGACUAAAUAUAAAAUGAAAAAUAUAUACUCUAAUAAGAAAUAGCAUAACUAAAGCAAUCCUUAGCUACUUUAUUUGAAGAAAGAUAAAACAAUUAAGAUCGAAUAUAAGAGUUGAUUUUUAAGAUUGAGCUUUAAAAAUCUGAGGAUGCAAAAAAAGAAUAAAACAGAGAGAUGAUUGCUAAUUAAUAAAAUGAUUUACAGCAACAUUUAAUUGAACUAUAAGAAUAAAAUAAAAACUAUUAAUAAAAUAUUGAAUAAAUCUAAAUUUAAUUGCAAGAUGAAAAGCUUAUUACAGAAAAUUUAAAAUAAUAGAAUGAAAAAGAUUAAGAAUUAAUUGAUAAACUUAAAAAUAUUGAAAUAGUCUAACUAAACCAAUAGAUAGAUAAUUUAUAAGAAAUAGUUAAAUUAUUUGAAUAAAAGGAAAUGUAAAAUUAGGAAUUAAGUAAUUAAAUGUCAAUUUUAAAAUAAGAGUAAUAAAUUUAAGAGCAAUAAGUAAAAUUAAUUAAAGAAGAAAAUGAAAAACUUAAAGAAGAAAUAAAUGAUUUAAAAAAGAACUAAAUUAAUUUAUUAGAGAGCGAGAAAAAUACAUAUGAAUAAAAGUAUCAUUAGUUUUAAGAAGAAAUUAAAGCUAAUGAAACUAAUUAUUAAUAAUUGAAAUUAUAGGAAAAAUAAUUAAUUUAAUUGAAUGAAGCAAAGGAUGAAUAAAUAUCAAAUUUAACUGUCUUAAAAGCUGAUUUUGAAUAAAAAUUAGAUUAAUUAAAUAAUGAAAUAAAACUUAAUUAAGAAGAAAAGUAGAUUUAAUAGAAUAAAUUAUAAUAAUUGAAUGAAUAAUACUUAAAACUUGAAAAUCAACGAGAAUCUUAAUCUAUUGAACUUGAAUAGCUUAAAGGAUAAAAUAAAGACUUAUAAUAAUAGAUUGAAAAUAAUACAUGUUAAUUUAAUGAAAAAAUUGAUUAACUAACAAAUUAAAUAAAUGUAUUAUAAUAAAAAAAUGAAUAAUAGUAGAAUGAGAUAAAAGAAUUGAUUUUAUAAAAUGAGGAAUUGUAAGAUUAAUAAUUAUCAUUUAUGGAAUAAUUACAAACUGAAAAAUAAGCUCACAAUACUUAAUUAUCUGAAAAUCAUUAAUUAUAAGAAAAAUUAUAGAAUGAAUUAGAAAAUGCUUAAUAACUAAAAGGUUAAGUAUAAAAAUUAGAAAAAGAAUUAUAUUAACUAUAAUAAGCAAUGAUAGAUAAGGAUGAAAGUUUAGUUAGAUGGAGAGAAUAAUGUUGUAGUUAAUAUAUGUAAAAUGAAUAAAUAGGGUAAUCAUAAAAUACUUAAAAAGACAAUAAUAACGAAUCUUAAAAAAUCAAUAAUAGAUUAAUGUAAGAAUCUUUAUCAAAUCCUUUAGAGGAUUAAGAUAAUGAUUAUAGAAUCGAAAUGAAGGAACAUGAAAAUUCUAAAAUUUUUGAUUUAGAAUUUGAUGAUAAAAGUGCUAAUUAAUAAUAAAAUAUAUUGCCUGCUGUUAGUGAAAAUGUAAGUGAGGCAUAUGAUUUAGCAAUAAAAAAAAGUAUGGGACUUUCAAAAGAUUAAAUUAUAUAAUAAUUAUAAGAUUAAAAUAGACUAUUUUAAUAAUAAAUUGAAAAUUUAACAAAAGAAAAUAUAAUUUAUGAAUCUCCUUGUAAAGAUAAGGUUAUAAUAGAAGAUUUAUAAUAAUAAAUUUAAUAGUUAAAAAAUUAAUAAUUAUAAAGAAUUAUUUUAUCUCCUUUAGAAGUAUUAAUUGGAGAACAUUUAGAUGAGAAAGAUGAAUUAAAUGAAGAAGAAAAGAAUUAUUUAUUGUAAGAAAAAUGUAAAGGUUUAGAACUUGAAAUUUAAAUGAUUUAAUUUGAUAAUAAGGAAACACAAAAAAUAAAUGAAUCUUUAAAAAAGGAAAAUGAUAGUUUAUUAUUAUAAGUAAAUAUCUUAAAUAAGACUGUUAAGGUUUGGUAAGAAACAACAACAAAUAUACAUUAAUAAUAUGAUUAAAAAUAAUUAAUAACAUUUAGUGUAUUAUAAAAAGCUCUUAAUUAAGAAUAAUAAUGGGGAUAAUAAAUAAAUUAAAUUGGACUUAAUUCAGAAUGUGAAUCAAUAUUUAGAUAAGUUUGUUAAACAGUUUAUGGUGUACCUUCUCUUUAAAAAUAACUUGAAGAUAUUAAAAAAUAAUUAGAUAAAGAGAAAUAGGAAAUAAAUUCAUUAAUUAAUGAGAAAGUUGUUUUGAGUCAAUAAAUAAUUGAUAUAACAAGUUAACAUGAAAAUUCAUCUAGACGUAAUAAAAUGAGUGAACCAAAUAGUGCAUUAAAGAUCAAUUAAUCUAUUGAUGAUGAUGAAUUCUCGUUAAAUAUUAAAUAGAUUAUUCUCAAAUAUAAAAAAGAAUAAGAAAUUAUGAAGAUUGAAAAUCAUUAAUUGACUUUAUAAUUAAAAUAACAUGAAUAAAAUGAAGAAAUAUAUAUGGUAUUUAAUAAUAAUAAUAUUAUUUAGAAAUAAAACAAAUUGAUGAAAGAUGAGAAUCGAACAUUAAGUGAGAAAUUAAAUUAAAUGUAAGAUGAAUUAUAAAAAAUGGCAGAAAAAGUUUCUAAUUCAGAAAAUGGGGCUUUGGCUGAACAUUUAAAGAAAAAUAUAUAAAAGUUCUUUGAAGCAUUACAAUAAGAGUAAUAUAUAUUAAUUAAAGUAGAAAAAAAUAAGAAUUUCAAUCUUAUUCAUCACAUCUGUUAAAAUUAAGUGGAGUUUAAUUUGAAUAGUAAAUAUGUGAAAGCUUAAUUAACAAAUUAAGUUCUGUAAUUGAUAAAAAGAAAUCAAGUGGUGUAUUUGGUGGUAUAUUCAAAUGA